ACGUUCUGUAGACAUUGAGGUCAAAGAUCAACUGGAAUGUUUGGAGUACAGCCAUCGACAGUGCCGCUCCGAGCGCACCAAGCAGCCGCAGUCCUCGCUUUCGGUCUUAUCCAAGAGCAUGUCCCCGAACCCUACAUGGAUGAAAUCUUCCACAUUCCGCAAGCUCUGAGAUACAUCGAAGGGGAUUACUGGACUUGGGAUCCAAAGCUGACGACACCGCCGGGACUAUACGCUCUCUCUACGGCUGCGCAUUGGAUGAUGAAGGCGUUGCCCAUAUCCUACUAUAUAAAAUCGAUCCUCAGCUUCCGAUUCCCGAAUUUCUUGCUUGCGGUUGUCAUACUGCCCGAAUUGAUAGCGAAACUUUACAGACGAAUACACGCCGGCGCUUCGGCAAGCCAGAUUGAAUAUAGCAAGCUCAUUGCGACGUUCCCAAUGUCUACAUUCUUUGGGAUGCUGUAUUAUACGGACGUGCCGUCAACAAUAGCCGUGCUUCUUGCUUACCUUGACGCCUUGGAGAAGAGACGUUGGAGAAGCGCUCUAUUCAGUCUGGUGAGUCUAGCCUUCCGACAGACCAAUGUGAUCUGGGUUGCGUUUGUUAUGUUUAUCUCGCUUCUCCGCGACCUUCAAGAAGAGAAAGAAGACGGCAGACCACUUCUCGUAAACCCAGUUGCGGUUCACGCCUCUUUCCCAGAGACCUAUUUUAAGUCUACGUGGUCCUUGGCACGUAUUGCCGGCCUGCACUGGUGCAAAACGAUAAAGGCUGUCACGUGGUAUAUCCCAGUUCUGGUUGCCUUCGUCGUUUUUCUUGCCUGGAACGGAGGCAUCGUCCUCGGUGACAAGUCAAAUCACAUCGCAGGAUUGCAUAUUCCGCAGCUUUUCUAUCUUGCCGUCUUCGCAGCAUUUUUCAGUUUCCCUCUUCUUCUCACGCCUUCACUCCUGCCUCAAUUUCUCAGGAGCAGGCUCGGUACCUCACAAAUGGUUAUUUCUACCGCAUUGCUACUUGGUGUUAUGAUUGCUGCUGUCCAUUACAACACUAGAGUACAUCCUUUCAUCCUCGCUGACAACCGCCACUACGUCUUCUAUAUAUGGCGCCGUACAAUCUCGGCACAUGCACUGGCACGUUACGCCGCUGUACCAGUGUACUUCGGCGUUAUCUGGUUGACGCUGCGGGAGCUUGCUACAGCUCAGUCAGUACUUUUCAUGAUGGCAUUCUGUGGCGCAACGGCUCUGACACUGAUUCCAAGUCCGCUUCUGGAAUUCAGAUACUUCAUUCUGCCCUACUUGAUUUGGCGGCUCCACAUCAAACCUAGGAAUUCAAGCAGGUCAUUUAUGGAGUACGUAUGGCAUGAGCUGAUAUCAGCGCUCACGGUAUGGAUGUUCAUUUACAGACCAUUUGAAUGGAGUCAUGUACCAGGCGAGGUGCAAAGAUUCAUGUGGUAA